GUGGGGGUCCCGUCCCUGUGAUGAGUUUGGGGUCCCACCCGUGUGGUGAGUUUGGGGUCCCACAUGUGUGACAAGUUUGGGGUCCCAUCCGUGGGAUGAGUUUGGGGCCCCAUCCAUGUGGUGUGUUUGGGGCCCCACCCGUGUGAUGACUGGGGGUCCCGUCCAUGUGGUGAGUUUGGGGUCCCACCCAUGUGAGGAGUUUGGGGUCCCAUCUGUGCGAUGAGUUUUGGGGUCCCACCCGUGUGAUGAGUUUGGGGUCCCACCCGUGUGAGGAUUGGGGGUCCCAUCCCUGUGCUCAGCGGGGUGCCAGCGGUGCAGCGGGGGGGCCGGUCCCCGGCACGCGGGAGGUCCCGGGGAGGUGCCGGGCUGGGACGAGCCCGGGCGCGGCGCUGCCCCCGGCGCGGGAGGGGACGCGGGUGCCGGGCGGAGGACGCGCACCCGGCGCCGCACCCGCGCACCCGGCGCUCCGGCACCCGCCCCGGCGAGGGGUCCCGGUGACCCCCGGCCACCAUGAGGCGGAUGUUCUCCUGCUCCAGCUCGCAGGUGGCGGUUGAGAGCUGGACCAAGCAGGACCAGAAGCUGCUGGAGGCGGUGGAGAGGGGGGACGUGGGCAGGGUGGCCGCCCUGGCUGCCCGCAAAGCCGCCCGGCCCGCCAAGCUCAACGCCGCGGGACAGUCCGCGUUCCACCUGGCUGCGUCCAGGGGUCUGACCGAGUGCCUGACGCUGCUGCUGGCGCACGGCGCGCCCGUCAACGAGAGGAACGAUGACGGCAGCACCGCGCUGCAUCUGGCCACCAUCGCCUGCCAGCCCCAGUGUGUCAAGGUCCUGCUGCAGUACGGUGCCAACGAGGACCACGUGGACGCGCAGAACCGGACCCCCCUGCACUGGGCUGCCUCCUCAGGCUGCGCCUCCAGCGUCCUCCUGCUCUGCGACCACGAGGCCCUUCUGGACGUCACCGACGCCGUGAGUGGGGUGACAGGGCUGCCAGGGCUGCCAGGGACGGCGGGGGUGACAGGAGCCUCGUGUCCCCCCCCAGCAGGGACAGACGCCGCUGAUGCUGGCGGCGCGGGGGAACCACGCUGCCAUCUGCGCGCAGCUCCUGCAGAGAGGGGCCGACCCCCGCCUGGGCGACAAGGACAACAAGGGAAAAACGUGGAAAACAGGGAAGAAAGGGGUUCGUUUCUUGUCCUCGCAGCGGCGAGCGGCCCCGGCGCAGCGCAGGGCGAGGAGACGCCGGACAGCGAGGAGGAGGAGGAGGAGGAGGAGCAGGAUGAAGAGCAGCGGGUGCGGCGGCUGCGGGAGCGGCUGGCGAGGAAGAGCAGGCAGUGCCGGCGGCUGGCGAGGGCGGCCGGCGCCAUCCGGCAGCGGGUGCGGGAGCUGGCGCCGCUCCUGCCCGGCCGCGGAGCCGCCGGUGAUGGGGACGAGGACGGCGCCUGCCUGGCCCUGCUGGAGGAGCUGAGGAAGAGGAUGGUGGCCGAGGAGGAGGAGGCGGCUGCGGGCCCCCCAGCCGCGCCGUGGCUGGGUGGGGACGCCGGCACGGCGGCGCUGGCCCCGUUCCUGGCCUGGCUGGGGGACGAGUGCGCGGCGCUGCGGGCGGCAAAGGCCGCGGCCCUGGCGCGCAGCCGGGGGCUGCGGCGCGAGGUGGAGGCGGCGCUGCGCGGCAAACUGCACUACGAGGUGGUGUCGGCCGCCGCCGUGCGGACGAGCCUGGCGGCCUGGGAGAAGCUGGCGGCCGCGCUGGAGCGGGCGCUGGGCCGCGCCGACCACACCCACGCCCAGGCGCUCCGGGGGUCCCGCGCCCUCCUGGAGACACUGCGGCGGGAGGGGGCAUGGGCCGGGACGGAGCCGGCCCCGAGCCUGGUGACCGACAUGGGGCCAUCCCAGAGCCCGGUGACCAAUGCGGGGCCAUCCCAGAGCCCGGUGACCAACAUGGGGCCAUCCCAGAGCCCGGUGACCAACAUGGAGCCAUCCCAGAGCCCGGUGACCAACGCGGGGCCAUCCCGGAGCCCGGUGACCAAUGCGGGGUCAUCCCAGAGCCCGGUGACCAACAUGGAGCCAUCCCAGAGCCUGGUGACCAACAUGGAGCCAUCCCAGAGCCCGGUGACCAGCAUGGGGCCAUCCCAGAGCCCAGUGACCAACAUGGGGCCAUCCCGGAGCCCGGUGACCAACAGGGAGGGUGUGAACGUGGAGCAGGAGCUGCGGGAGCUGAGGGAGAGCAACGGGGUGCUGCUGGGGGAGCUGGUGCGGCUGGACCGCGAGCGCGAGCGGCUGCAGGGGGAGCUGCGGGGGCUGCGGGAGCGCGGCGGCCGCGCCGGGGCGGCACGGGCGGGGCCCGGCAUGGCGGCGCUGGCGCGGGAGCUGGUGGCGCUGCGGGACGGGGUGGGGCAGCGCGUGCGGGAGGCGGGCGGUGCCGGCGGCGCCGGGGCGGGCGUCCUGCGGGAGCUGCACCGCAAGCUGGACGGGCUGGUGAGGUCCCAGCAGGAGGCCUUGCAGCUCAUCGCCGAGAUGGAGGGCGACGGCGGCCAUGGGGGUGGUGACGGCACCCGGGGUGGUGGCACCCGUGAUGAUGGUGGUGGCACACGUGGAGAUGGCACCCGUAGUGUUGACACCCCUGGCAGUGGUGAUGGCACCCGUAGGGGUGAUGGUUGCACCCAUGGUGAUGGUACCCAUAGGGGUGCUGAUGGCACCCAUGGAGAUGGCACCCGUGAUGAUGGUGAUGGCACCUGUGGUGUUGACACCCGUGGCAGUGGUGAUGGCACACAUAGGGAUGGUGGUGGCACCCACGGUGGUGGCAAUGGCACCCGUGGGGACACCGGGGCUGGGCUACUGGCUGAGCUGGAGGCUGCACUGGGCGAACUGGUUGAGGAGCUGGGGAUGGCACCGGGUCCCCACGCGCGGCAGCUGCUGGAGCGGCUCAGCGUCACCGUCGCCGCCCUGCGCGGCCGGGAGCGCCACGGUGGCAAUGGCGGUGCCGAGCAGCAGUGGGCGGUGGAGGUGGCACGGGCACAGGAGGAGGUGACAGCGGUGGAGGUGGCACGGGAGGAGGUGACAGUGACGGUGCCCAAGCGGGAGCUGGAGCUGCAGGAGAAGGUGUUGGGGCUGGAGCGCAGCCUGGGGACCCUGCGGGCCAGGGCGGGCCAGCUGGCCAGCGCCUGCCGGGACAAGGACACGACGAUGAAGAAGCUGCUGGUGGAGACGGAGAAGCUGUCGGCCGAGGUGCUGGGGCUCCGCGGGCAGAACGCCCGGCUGCAGCUCCAGCUGGAGGUCCAGGAGAAAAACCACCGGGACAUCGUAGCCGUCUACAGGACGCACCUGCUCCACGCGGCCCAGGGCUUCAUGGACGAGGGGGUGCACGCCAUGCUGCUGCGGAUCCUGCGGACAGGGGAGUGGGGGGCAGGAUCGGACCCACUUCCAUCACUCCCCCCGAGCCAUUAAACUGGAGAAGCCA